AGGCGGCGCCCCGGAAGAAACGCUGUUGCCCAGGAAACCGUGUAAACUAAUCCUGCCGGCGACCAUGCUGAAGGGCCGGAGCUCCUCCAGAGAGGACAGGAGGAAGUUAGCCGUAGCGGCUGCAGCGCUGCAGGACCACAUCACCCGCUCUCUCUCCGGUUCUGAAGGUCCAAACAUCUUUCCAGCAGCACCAAGCAGAUCCCAUAGAGCCCGGCAGCACAGACACACUGGAUUCAUACUGGGAGAGGAGCAGGAAUACAUACUGGAGCCGGAAGCUCCACCCCUCACGCUGGCUCAGAGGUUGGGGUUGGUAGCGGCUCCUGCUGGACGGCUGACGGCGGAGGAGUGGGCGGAGGUGAAGAGCAGAUCUCUACAGGAAGGAGACUCCGCCCAGCCCUGCGUCAUCUGCACCGAGGAGUUCCGCCUUCAGCCACAAGUUUUGCUCUCCUGUUCCCACGUCUUCCACAAGGUGUGUCUGAAGUCUCUGGAGCGGUUCUCGGGACGGAGGUGCUGCCCGCUGUGCCGGAGAGAACCGUACGAGACCCGGGUGAUCCAUGAUGGAGCCAAACUCUACCGAGAGAAAUGUGCCGUCAGGAUCCAGACCUGCUGGAGAGGCUUUGCUGCCCGUAAAUCUUACAGAGCCGUGAGGAAACUCAUCCCCCCGAAUCACCCGCAGCUACGCCGCAGAUACUUCGAAGAAAAGUUUCAGGAGAUAAACGAGAGCUUGGUGAGAUCCUGCUGUAGUGAUGUUGAGGUGUUCCUGCUGGAUGUUGAUCAGACUGUAGCAGCCAGCCGAGAUGUUUUCCGUCUUUUUGACCAGCAGCAAAAGAGCGUCCUUGAGGAGGAAGGAGAGGAAGAAGAGUGGAGGAAGGCUCGGGAGAAGGCUGUUCAGCGAGACAUUUCGGACUGUCCGAUCUGUCUCACCCCUCUGCACUCGACCAGCAGACAGGUCCUCCUGCUGUCCUGCUCUCAUCUCCUCCACGAGUCCUGCCUCCAGGCUUUCGAGCGUUUCUGCCCCCGGAGAAACCCCACCUGCCCCCUGUGCCGCCGCAGAUACACCACCAGGCCUGUGCGGGGCGCCAACACAUAUUCUCCAGAAGAUCAGAAAUGUAGAAUCAACCAAGACGUGUGGUUAACUGUAGCCGAGGAUACUAGACACUAAUGUUGCUGACAAACAGUGGACUUCAUGUGUUCCGGGUGUUAAGUUUGUCCAAUCCUUUUAAAAAAACAUUUCCUCUUCUGAAGUCUCCAAUGCUCCACCAGCCGCUCGUGUUCAGUAAAACUGAGCCGGAUCCCUUUUUAGAGGCUUAAAUAGCCUUAUUACUUAAAUAUUAUAUUAGAAUUAGCGGGGAUGGUGGAUAUUUUAUCCAUAUUCUUCUCCACUCAGAAAUGCUUCUCCUUUCAGUUUAGAAACUAAAUUUUACAGACUGACGCUUUAAUUGGGAACAGAUCAGGACUGCAGGCAGUAAAAUGUGUGCAGCAUGUGGGUAAGCAUUGUCUUGUUGAAAAAGCAAUGCAACAAGCCUGUAAAAGAUGACGUCUUUAAGGUAGCACAUGUUGAUGUUAGUGAAUAUAGUAACUCUGUAUUGUAUAGAAAUGUUUGGUAACCCGGAAUAAACAUUAAUAAACACCAAUAAACUCUAAUAAAACAAAA